CGCCUGUCUGAAGAGUGUCAAGAAUACACUAAACGACUCAUUCGCCAAGCUGCAAAAGACUUCAGACUGGACACUAGACUUGUAGAGGAGUGCAAAGCAGAGGUGUGUAACUAGCCUUUAACAAAUGAUAAACGACUUAGUUUGUACUGUUAUGUGAUAGAUAGUGAUUACCUACCUGGUGUUGCGAACAAUGGCGUGAGCUUCUUCAAGAAAUCGUUGUGGUGAUCAUAAGUUAAUGGAGGGGGGGUAUAUGUCAUGUUUUAAUUUCAUCUUUGGUGUAAAUUUUAUUUUUCUUUGUUUCUGGUUCUGGAAAUAUAUGAUAAUGAGUUCAAAGGAAACUACAGUAUUUUCACUAAAGGGGACAUUUGAUGAGCCUGAUUGACACUGAUUUUGCAGUGAGAAUUUGGGGGAAGAUUUUUGUCUGCUUGUAGCAAAUUCAAAUCUUAAAAUACACCUGUUUUUUUACUUGUGAUAGGGGGAGAUCACACCUAUUCAAUUCUUUGAAGGCAGGUGUGAUAAUACACUACAAGACUUUAGUGGUGGGUACUGUCUAUGUACGGUAAUUCUCACCACCCCAUCAGAAACCAACUGUCUUGACGGCAUCAAACCAUUUUCAUUUACAAUUUUCGGUCAAUGCGAUAAGUGCAUCGCCGCGUUCCAGCUCUCACAUAAGUGGGCUUGCGCAAGAGGGCGGCAGAACGCUUGUAUUUGUCAGUCGGCUUUGCUUGGGUGUUUAGUCGUGAUCUUCUCUUAACAUUACCGUGUUCUGUCUUACGUACAAAAUAAUCUGUGUUUAAAGGAAGCUAAAGUUUAACGGAAAAUCUUUUUAAACAUAGUUAUUGUCAGGCUUGUCACGCAAGGUUCGCCGUCUUUUUUGCUCAGCCAUCUUAUUGGGCAAGUGUACUUUAAACGGGUAGCAUGGCUUCAUUGAUGCAGGCACUUAGCCUGUCUUUGAUGGAGUUACGCGUUUGCAUUGCAUCACGUGUUACAUUGCAGUAAAUUUUUCCCGGCCAGAUCAAAAAGUUUUGUGCUGGUUCGCCACCAUCUGCAGUAGAAGAAUGUCUGAAGUCGCAUUUAGGAUCAGUAACAACGAAGAAUUGUCGAGUGGUAAGUCUCCCUUUAGAACGUAGCCAGUAUAAGAUCGAUCGAUCCAUUUGUAUCGAUCGCACAAAGUCUUGAAUUCUUGAAAAAGUCUUGAAAUGUGUAAACCAGUUUUCCAGACUUGGUUUAGAAAAUAAAGAUUGCCAAGUCAGGAAAAAUGGAAAUUUGUAAACAAGUUUCAAGGUCGAGAUCUGAAAUUUCCCUGUAAUGACCAAACGGACGAGGUUAAUAAGUUAUUUACAGUCGAACCUCCCUAAUAUGGACGCCGAAGGGACAGAGCGAAGUGUCCGUAUUAGAGAGGUGUCCGUAUUAGAGAGGUCACAAUGAUGACGUCAUUUUUAACACCCCAUGGUCAAUGAUGCUAUUCAUUAAUGGACAAUGGAACAGUCUGAAUUACGCCUUUCGUUUCUAAUUAUCAAUUUUUACAGUUGUAUAGAACAGCACUGUAUACAGAAUACGUAUUGAAUUUGCUAUUGCCACAGUAUUUUCGAUUACUGCAUUUGCAAUUAUGAAUGUAACUUUUGACAUGCUUUGGUACUGGUAUCCCUGACGUCAUCAGAAUAAGUUGUACACUUGAGCCCGCGAUACAUUCAUUUGGCACUAGUCAGUGGAUGCCCUCAAUGGAUGUCCACUAUCAAGUUAAACACAGAUUGUAUAAGGCUUGGACACCUAGGUAGUAAUGCCCAGUCAUUGCAGAACAUAAUGCCCGGUCAUUACAAGAAGGCAGCCAAUCAGAGCGCGCGUACUAUUGUAACCAUAUAAUAAACUUUGGUUACUGUACGUUUGCAGUGCAUCAUAAGAAAAGUUUGGUUCCUGUGUGUGCCAAGGUUUCUAUCGGUCGCUUAUUUGAUGACACCAAAUCAUGUGAUAAAAAUAUUGAAUACCCAAACCUCAACACAAUUUCUAACCUGGAAGAGUUUCUGCAACGCCAAAAAAUACGUAAUGAUAAUUUCGGCUUUUAGUUCCCGAACCCCGGCAUGAAACUCGCAAGGCACAAUUUAAAGUCUUUUUGGUAGUUUUCCAGUGAAGGGUGCAUUAAUUAAUCAUGUUCUUCAGCGCUUAUUUUCGAGUAGAAGGUGGGUACUGCUCUUUUACCCGCUGCAUACCUGUAUGGAACAGUCUCCCAUCUGACGCUGUUAACGCUCAAUGAUCACUGUCUGUGCAGUCAAACCACGUUAAUACGGACACUGAGGGACGUAACGGGGUGUCCAUAUAAAGCGGAUUGAAUUUAUAAAGAAUGUAAGGGCUUUCUUUCCCCCAGGGACAAAGAAAACUCUCGGAAAGAAUGAAAACUGUCCGUAUUAAGCGGUGUUCGUCAAGCGGGGUUUGGCUGUAAUCCAGAAUGUGGACUGGCAAUGUGUAACCUACGUGGCUUUUACUUCCUCCCUUACCCCCACCCCCAGCGUUUGUCUCUUUUGACGCCUGCCACGCAAGUUAGCAACGUGUUUCUUUGGAAAAUUUUGGACUAACAUCGUAGGAGCGUAACUCCUGCUUACCUCUAAAGAGGAUUUUGUAGCAUGUUAGGCCUUAAAAUCUGGAGCCCAAUUUUUGUUCUGAUUAUUUUGUAGGAAAUAGUUCGUCAAAUGAGAGAGGGUCGCACAGACAUCCAAGCGGACCCUGUGUUAUAUAAGGCAUGUGCUAAUGAUGUCAAACGGCACUGUUCAGAUAUCCCUUUUGGAAAAGGAAAAGGUAAAAAUAAAUAG